GGCGCGUCCGGGAUCCAAGAGGCCGGGAGAUACUCCCCUCCGCCAAGACACCUGAGCCCCACUGCCUGCACCCUGAGGAAGCACAAGACGAAUAGGAAGCCCCGAACCCCGUUCACCACUUCCCAGCUGCUGGCCCUGGAGCGCAAGUUCCGCCAGAAGCAGUAUCUGUCCAUCGCCGAGAGAGCAGAGUUCUCCAGCUCCCUCAACCUCACAGAGACCCAGGUCAAAAUCUGGUUCCAGAAUCGGAGGGCCAAGGCCAAGAGACUGCAGGAGGCUGAGCUAGAGAAGCUCAAAAUGGCAGCAAAGCCCAUGUUGCCAUCGGGGUUCAGCCUCCCUUUCCCCAUCAACUCUCCCAUCCAGGCUGCCUCACUGUAUGGAACAUCCUACCCUUUUCACAGACCUGUGCUUCCUAUCCCACCUGUUGGACUCUAUGCUACUCCCGUUGGAUAUAGCAUGUACCACUUAUCCUAAGAAGAUCAGAAAGACAAAGCGACAGUGAGACAGACUUCCUGGUGGAUCAUGUCCAAUCCUGAGAAGACAGUACCCCAACCAGUACUGGCCGCUCUUUCUGCACGCUUCUAUUUGCCAUCCUGAGUGUACAGGAGUUUGCAUUAGCAAAGCAAGGCAUCCUGUAUACUAUGGGUUGGGUGUCUUCUGAGAGUGCUCUGAGCGCUCAGAGUUUGAGCCUCAAAGAAAAAAAAAAUCUGAAAAAAACCAAACAAAAAGAAAAAAACAUUU